AUGCCUACCGCUGUGGCCCAUUCGCAUAGGCCUACCACCAAGGUCUCCCACAAGCCUUUUAAAUCCAAGGCCGCCUCCAAGCACGAGCUACGAGACCGUGCCAAGGGCCGAGUUCCCAACGAAAAAGGAUCGCGCAAGACACCCCACCAACAAGUCAUGUCCAAGUUUGACCGACGAAACCAGGCCAAGCAGGCCCGCCUCACCAAGCACAAAGAGCAUCUCAAGGGCACCUCCGUCUUCAACAACCGUGAGGGCGCUCCUAGAAUUGUUGCCGUCCUGCCUUUGUGCCCCGAUGGCGACGCUGCCGCCGCUAUUCAGCAGCUCAACGGCAGCUUAGAUAUUACCGCCGACAUUCAACCCGGCAACUUUCGAGUCCCCGUCGAUCGCUUCAAGCAGAAGCUCCAAUAUAUGCCCCUCCAGCGCGACCUCACCGAGUGCCUCGAUGCGACCCGUGUUGCCGACUUUGUCGUUGUUGUUCUCUCUGCCUCCGUCGAGGUCGACCCUCUCGGCGAGCUCAUUCUGCGCUCUGUCGAGAGCCAAGGCCUGUCAACUCUGUUCACCGUCGUUCAGGGCCUCGACCAAAUUGAACCUGCCAAGCAGCGACCCGGCGUUGUCAGCUCCCUAAAGUCAUUCAUUACACAUUUCCACCCAGAGCAGGAAAAAGUCUUCAACCUCGAAAAUAGACAAGAAUGCGCCAAUUUGAUGCGCUCGCUGUGCAGCACAACACCUAAGGGUGUUCGGUGGAGGGACGAGCGCAGCUGGUUGCUCGCUGAGGAUAUUCAAUUUGCCAACACAGAAUCUGACGCUACUGUCUUUACCGGUGUCGUCCGCGGCCGCGGCCUCAAGGCCGAUAGACUAGUACAAGUCGGUGACUGGGGUACUUUUCAGAUCGAGAAAAUCGUUGCUGCACCGCUCUCCAAACACGGCAAGGGCAAUGCGACACAAUCUGCUGAAGACGAGGCCAGCCAGGUUCUUGAAGAGCCUAGCGACGACCGCGAUGACUUGAAUGAGUUGGCGCCAGAGGACGUCCUGAUGGACGCCGAGGAGCCUGAGGAGGGUGCUGCUGAUGCCUCCAAGAAAGGUGUCCUGCUUGACGACCAUCACUAUUUCUCUGAGGAGGACGAGAAGGAGGCGCAAGCAAAGAAGAAGGUCCCCAAGGGAACUUCCAAAUACCAGUCAGCCUGGUACCUCGAAGAUGUGUCUGACUCCGAGUCCGACAUGGAAGAUAUGGAAAUGGAAGACACACACGCCGACGAAUACGAAGCCGCACCCGAAGACGGCAUUGAGGGUCGUGCCCAACCUGAGCCCACAGAAGGUGGUCCUUCCGAGUACCCCCAGUCCGAAAUGAUGGAGGAGCUGGACGAGGCGGCCGACGCGGAGCAGCUGGCCCAGUACCGGUCCAAGAAGCGCGACGAGGCCGAGGAUGACAAGGAGUUCCCUGAUGAGAUUGAGCUACUCCCUCACGUGCUCGCCCGCGAGCGCCUCUCCCGGUACCGCGGCCUCAAGAGCCUGCGCACCAGCGUGUGGCAGGAGGACGAGGACCGCGCCCACGAGCCCGAGGACUGGCGCCGCCUGCUUCGGGUCCCCGACUACGGUUCGUCCAAGUCGCGCGCCGUGCGCGAGGCCCUCGUCGGCGGUGUUGAGCCGGGCACGCGCGUGCACGUCUUUGUCCGGGGCAUCUCCCCCAGCCUCGCGCAGUCGCACAAGCCGACGUCGCAGGUCGCGCUCUUCUCGCUCUUCCGCCACGAGCACAAGAAGACGGCCGUCAACUAUCUCUUCAACCUGAGCACCGACUACGGCAAGUCGGUCAAGUCCAAGGAGGAAAUCAUUGUGCAGUGCGGGCCCCGCCGCAUGGUCAUCAACCCGCUCUUCUCGCAGGCGGGCACCACGCCCAACGACGUACACAAAUACGCCCGCUACCUGCACCCCGGCGGCAGCGCCAUUGCCACCUUUAUGGGGCCCGUCACCUGGGGCGCCGUCCCCGUUCUCUUCUUCAAGCGCACGACGCCCGGCGAGGUCAUCGGUGAUGACGAGGAUGGCCCGGGCAGCCCGGGCCUCGCCCUCAUCGGCACCGGCACCGCGCUGCCGCCCUCGACCAACCGCGUCAUCGCCAAGCGCAUCAUUCUGACGGGCCACCCGUACCACAUCAACAAGAAGAUUGUCACCAUCCGCUACAUGUUCUUCAACCGCGAGGAUGUCGAGUGGUUCAAGGCCAUGCCGCUGUGGACGCGGCGCGGCCGCAGCGGCUACCUCAAGGAGCCGCUCGGCACGCACGGUUACUUCAAGGCUACCUUUGACGGACGCAUCAACCCGCAGGACUCAAUCGGCAUCAGCCUGUACAAGAGAGUCUGGCCGCGCGACGCGGCGCCGAUCAAGGAGCCUCUGCUGGGUGCCGGGGCUGGUGCUGCCAGUGCUGUCGAAGCUGAUGGCGACGUGACCAUGGCGUAA